CCACAAUGUAAGAGGUUUAUCUGCUCCUGGUAAGUAGAUUUUGACAUUAUUAGGGUUUUUGAUCAUCUUCAGGUUCCUUCUUCACCAAGAUUUCCAGGAGAAAAAAGCAGAAUACAAAGUCUUAGGUUAGUUCCUUCUGAGAAGAUGGCUGGAUUUCCAGGAUACAGUGCCCUUGCUCCCAAGACUAAGAAUCUGGUUAUGGCAGGAGGUUUGACAGGAUUUGUUUUUGGUGUGUACUACUACACUAUGAGAGCUGUUGGAGGUUCAGAUGAACUUCAAGUAGCCAUUGAUAAGUUUGAAGAUGCAAAACGCAGCAGUGAGGCUGAAGCAAGUUUGGCACCCAAGCAAUAAUUGUGUGCAAAUAUGAAGGUGACACUGCAAUUUGGAAAGAAGUACUGGAUGAUUUUGAAGGAGUAGAAUCAGACUUCAAUCAUCUUAUGCUUGUUGAAUAACUUGUCUUGUUUCUCAUGCUUUGCGAGAAUAUAUAUACUUUGCUGUAAAGAUAUCAAGAUAUUGCAUCUUUUUUUAAGCUUUCAUGUUGAGAUAAAUUUUCUUCCUUGUUGAAAUUCACUGUCUACAGACUAUACAGUCAUCCUGUUUAUUUCAGGUUUUA